AAAGUAUUGAAAGAAAAUGGUUAUUCGCUUCGAAGCACUUGUCAAGUGAUAUCAAAUAUUGUCAAUAUAAAACGUUUCGGACUCGAUAUUCCUUUAAAAACCAGUUAAAGUGGUGAAGUAAUGUUCCAAGCUUAUACGCAAUCGUAAGUUUAAGUCUACAAAAUGAUUAUACAGGAACCAGUGCAGGCGGCGAUAUGGCACUGUUUGAACCACUAUGAUUAUUCGGACGCGAUUUUUCUUUCAGAGAGACUCUACGCAGAAGUUAAAUCAGAUGAAACUUUGUUUUUAUUAGCCACGGCGUAUUUUAGAAACAGUCAAAUCGAUCAUGCUUACAAUAUCUUAAAGGACAAACAUGGGUAUAAUCCCCAAUGUAAAUAUUUAUUUGCUAAAUGUGCCUACGAAUUACAAAAAUAUUUUGACGCUGAAACAGUACUUUUAGAACACAUUUCUUGCCCAACUAACAAUUACGACGAUCUGAUUAUGGAGUAUGGUGAUCAAGCAGCUUUUGUAUUCCUCCUUUUAGCUAAAAUAGCGAUUAAGACUGAACGAAAACAAAAAGCAGUGGAAGCUUUAAAGCGGGCCUUGAAAAUAAAUCCAUUUUUAUGGUCUGGGUUUGAAGGUCUUUGUAAAAUUGGUGAGAAACCGGAUCCGAACGUUGUUUUCCAACUGGGGGAAUUAGAUAAUUUAUCAAAGUGCCACGGAAAUAAUUUAAAUAAUAUUGAAAGCAUGAUUAUUGCCAAUACACCAAAUCAGGAGAGUGUACAGUACAUUAUGACGCCUCCUCAAAUUUUAACUAGUCCAAAUCCUUCUACGAAUAAUCUUAUUAAUAAAAUGUUGUUUACCCCGGAAGAAAGUAACGCCCCAAAUAAUAUUAUGUUAUCUGGAAUUAGUGUUUUACCCAAUUCAAGGUUUAAAACGUUCAAAAAUAAGAUGUUGGAUGAUCAUAACUCAUCAAUUAUUAGCCCAAGUUUUGGUACAUUAAUCGAUCGCGACGAUAACAACAGCCCCACGUUAAAUCAAUCGACCUUAAACGAAACGAAAUCGUUUACGAAAAAAGUUCGAAACUUCAUAAAUCGUAAAGAACCAGUUUUACAAAACAGUAAAACAGCUUUUAAUUUAUCUCGAAACGUUGCAAACACAAUUCCGAUUUCGCCGAGCACUCCGGCGCCAAUUGCAGCCGGUCAAAACGUUCGUAGAAGCUCCCGGUUAUUUAGCAGUAGUUACUCGGUGAAAGAAAAUAACAAAUCCCCGAAUCGGAAUAAAUUCGCCCCGCCGAAAUCGCCAAGUAGAAAAACGAAACAACGUCUAGCCAAAUGUAGUUUAAACGAUUUUAACGCGUAUAACUUAAAGAAAGAGAAGUCUUCAACGGUUACUUCAACGGAAAAUAAAAGUGUUAUUAAUAAUAAUGGAAAUAUUACCGCUACGCAAAUACAAAAACAAAGCGCGGAAGGUUUGAUGUGUUUAUUAAGAAACAUCGGGCAAGGUUAUUUAUAUUUAAAACAAUUUAAUUGUAAAGCUGCGAUAAAUGAAUUUCAACAAUUACCACCGCAUCAAUACAACACAUUUUGGGUACAUUCGAUGAUGGGGUUAGCUUAUUUUGAAAUGACGGAUUACGAAAAUUGCGUUAAAUUAUUCGGUGAUAUUCGAUCGAAAGAACCUUUUCGAAUUAGUUACAUGGAUAUUUAUUCAACAGCUUUAUGGCACUUACAAAGAGAAGUUGCACUCUCAGCGCUUGCCCAAGAUUUAGUUCAAUUAAAUAAAAAUAAUCCCGUUACAUGGAUCGUAAGCGGAAAUUGUUUUUCGUUACAUAAAGAACACGAUACCGCAAUUAAAUUUUUACAUCGAGCCGUUCAAGUCGAUCCGAAUUUCCCAUACGCUUACACAUUACUUGGACACGAGUACAUAAUGACCGAAGAAUUAGAUAAAGCUUUGAGUUGUUAUCGGAACGCGAUUCGAUUAGAUCCGAGGCAUUACAACGCGUGGUUUGGUAUUGGUACGAUUUAUUCGAAACAAGAACGUUUUCAUCUCGCUGAGUAUCAUUAUAACAUGGCUUUAUCGAUAAACACGUUUAGUUCGGUUAUUUUAUGCCAUAUCGGUGUUGUUCAACACGCUCAAAAAAAAUCAGAAUUAGCGCUACAAUCGUUUAAUAUGGCGAUUAAAAAUAACCCGAAAAACGCGUUGUGUAAAUUUCAUCGCGGUACGAUUUAUUUUGCAAUGGGAAAAUUAGAUGAAGCUUUAAGGGAAUUAGAAGAAUUGAAAGAAAUCGUUCCGACGGAAUCUUUGGUUUAUUAUUUGAUCGGGAAGGUUCAUAAAAAGAGGGGGAAUAACGAUUUAGCUUUAAUGUAUUUCAGUUGGGCGACCGAUUUAGACCCAAAAGGGGCGAGUAGUCAAAUUAAGGAAGCGUUUGAUCCGUCGAUUGGACGUGGAGUUGAUAUUGAUUCGCCUCUUUACCCCGCUGACCCUCAGGAGGAUUCGCCAACAACGGAAAGUAAUAAUUCGGGUCAACAAAGAGAACCUAUUGUUGCUAUGGCAGGUUAUAAUUAUGACAGUGAUAGUGAUAGUCUUUAAAAUUUAAUAAAAAAAAACGAAAAUAAAAUUAUUAAAAAAUUAAAUUAAUUA